UUGAUUAUUUUGUCCCAUUAUGGGAAGAAACUGCUAUAAAUAGGGGAGAGUCCUUUUAAGUAUUUGCAUUCCAAAGAAAAUAGUUAAACUUUUCGUCAUUGUGUUUCAUGGGCACUAUGGCGUUUCAUCUCCUUCCCAUCUUUGCUUUAUUUUGUGUGAUGAUAUCAGGAAGUAAAGCUUCUCUACCUGCAGAAGAUUACUGGCAUUCUAAGUUACCCAACACUCCAAUACCUCAAGAACUCCUAAAACUCUUGCAGCCUGCAGAUUUGGGAGGCAAUACUACUUUCUGGGACAUGGGCUUUAACGAUGGUCAGAAUUCUCCUAAAGGCAUGGAUGAAAAAAGGAAAAACUCUGAGAAAGAUUUUAUGGAGGGUUCGGAAGAUAAAAGAAGCAAAUAUGGAAGGCGGUAUGAUGAGGCCUUUGUGGAAGGUACGGAUGAUAAGAGGCAAAAAUAUGGCAAACGUUAUGAUGAGGCCUUUGUGGAAGGUGUGGAUGAUAAGAGAGCAAAAUACGGAAAGCGCUAUGAUGAAGCUUUUGUGGAAGGUGUGGAUGACAAGAGAGCAAAAUACGGAAAGCGCUAUGAUGAAGCUUUUGUGAAAGGUGUGGAUGACAAGAGAGCAAAAUACGGAAAGCGCUAUGAUGAAGCUUUUGUGGAAGGUGUGGAUGACAAGAGAGCAAAAUAUGGAAAGCGCUAUGAUGAGGCUUUUACGGAAAAUGUAGAUGACAAAAGAGAAAAAUACGGAAAACGCUAUGAUGAAGCUUUUACGGAAAAUGUAGAUGACAGAAGAGAAAAAUACGGAAAGCGCUAUGAUGAGGCUUUUACGGAAAGUGUAGAUGAUAGGAGGGAAAAAUACGGAAAGCGCUAUGAUGAGGCAUUUACGGAAAGUGUAGAUGACAAGAGGCAAAAAUACGGAAAACGCUAUGAUGAGGCAUUUGUGGAAGGUACAGAUGACAAGAGGCAAAAAUACGGAAAGCGUUAUGAUGAGGCCUUUGUGGAAGGUACAGAUGACAAGAGGCAAAAAUACGGAAAGCGUUAUGAUGAGGCCUUUGUGGAGAGUGUAGACGAUAAAAGACAAAAAUAUGGAAAAAGAUAUGAGACAAAAUUUAACAAGCAUGCCCUCCCCAACUCGACAGUAUUUUUCUUACAAAAGGAUCUUCAUGUUGGCCAAAAGAUGAAGCUUCAUAUUACUAAGUCAACAAACGAGGCUAAAUUUCUGCCUCGUAAAGUUGCAGAGUCCAUACCCUUCUCAAGUAAAAAAAUAGCAGAAAUGUUAGAGCGAUUUUCAGUAAAACCUGAAUCACUGCAGGCUAAGAUAAUCAAGAAAACGGUGGAUGAUUGUGAGUCCGUAGGGAUCAAAGGAGAAGACAGAUUUUGUCCCACAUCGUUGGAAUCCUUAAUCGAUUUCACUGUUUCACAUAUUGGUAAUAAAGCUCAGGUACUUUACAACGAGGUAGAUAAGCCAACAAGAAUGCAAGAGUACACCAUUAUGGGAGUCAAAAUGGUGGGAGAAAACCAAGUGGUAUGCCACAAACAGAAAUACCCAUAUGCUCUAUACUAUUGCCAUUCCAUUAGUGCCACCAAGGUAUAUACAGCUCCACUGGUAGGUGCUGAUGGAACAAAAGCUAAAGCAGUAGUAGUUUGCCACUCAGACACUUCAAAUUGGAACCCCGGGCACUUAGCCUUUUUGAUGCUCAAAAUCAAACCGGGAGAAGGAACUGUUUGCCACUUUAUCAGAAGUGACACUCUUGUCUGGUCUUCUAACUAAGAACUCCAAAGAAAAAAGAAAAAGAAAUCCUCCAAUAAUGUGGAUUUCUUGGCCACCAAAGAGAGUUAUAGAUGCUUGUAUUGUCUAAUGUUGCUUUCAAUAAUCCACUGUUUAUGUUGCAUGUAUUAUGGCCUUGUAAUACUUUGUAAUUAUAAAUAAAAGUUUGUUUAAUGUUAAUAAAAAAAUGUGAUUGUGUUUUUUAUUUUA